ACCGGUAAAUAUCACUGUAUGUGUGUGCUCUGUAUAUAACAGUCUAACGUGUAUCUGGCACUUUAAAGCUCCGGUAACCGAGCUCAGAAAUGUAUGAGCGCAUGAGGAAAAGAUGUGAAAUGGCAGGGCGGCGGAUAUCCCUCUCAGCCAAUCAGGAGAGGAGCACUCGGAUACGGACAGGUGCUCGCAGCCAAUCAGAGGAGACCUUUGCUGUCGGAUGGGCUGGGCCUGCUGGCAGACUUGGAUAAUGUUAUACACAGCUGUUUUUUUCUGGGUUCGGGACUCAUGGUUCUCUGCAGGCUCUGACCUGAGCGGCUCCACUGAUGGGCACCGGCGGAAAGCUCCGGUCUCUGGGUCACGGUGUGUUCGUGUCUCGGGUCUUCUGAUUUCCAGCAGCACGAGUUCAGUUCGGUAAAGUUUAACCCUUCGCAGCAGAGCCAGACUUCACAAGUUGUCGGAACCAUGAGGACUGGGCGGGUUCGCCGCGCGGUGCGGGACAGCGGUGCGGGGCGGCUCCGAUCAAACGGUCUGCGCGCGGGUGAGCGGCUCCUUGAAUGGGGCGGCGUGUUUUGAUCUCCUGCGCACGAGCUGUUUCUGUCCAGUCCAGGAGGAGGAGGAGGAGGAGGAGGAGGAGGAAGGGUCCGACCGGCGGGGAGGGACUCGGCGGAGGGACUCCGACUUGGCGACUUGGUGACAUUGUGGUUCGGGGAAGGCCCAAAACAAAGAACCGAGCUCACGUCAGAGACGCGCUCACAGAUCUGGACUUCUUAAGAGGAGCUCUCUCGCGCGCCUGCGCAAUUACGCACGCGCUCUCUUUUUGUUGUGAAGUUUGAGUCUCUUCGGUGUUUUAAAGUUCAGAACCAGGACCAGGACCAGGACCAGGACCGGCGCAUGUGUGGAGGAUGGUGGAGAGCCGGAGCUGUGUCCAGAGGGAGGGGGUGUACCGCUGGUUCUCCUCCCUCACCUCAGCGCAGAGAGCGGAGUUCCUGUGCGGCCUCCUGGACCUCUGCGUCCCCAUCGAGCUGCGCUUCCUCGGCUCCUGCCUGGAGGACUUGGCCCGCAAGGACUAUCACUCCCUGCGGGAUGCGGAGAUCAAAGCCAACAACCCCGCAGACCUGUCGGGUCUCACCAACAUCACGGACGAGGUGGUGCGCAGCAAACUGCUGGUGUCCCUCGCCCUGCUCGGCUCCGACAACAGGGAGGCGGCGGGGGUCCUGUACCGGACUCUGACUCACAUAGACACGGUGAUCAAUAACUACGGCCUGGCGCUGAACGACGGCAGGACCGAGGAGCAGUUCCUCCUGCUGUUCACCAUGGCCUCACACCACCCGGCCUUCAGCUUCCACCAGAAGCAGGUGCUGAGGCAGCAGCUGGGACAGAUCCAGGACAUCCUGCAGGUGAGUGGAGGAGGAGGUGGAGGAGGAGGUGGAGGAGGAGCAGAGGCCCCAGCGGCGUCAGGCUCCGGCGGGGAUCGAGCUGCCGCGUGUUACGCCCAGCCGCAUCACCACUAUCACCAUCAGACCGUCUCCCUGCCGAUGGGCCCGUUGUCACCCGCCGCCGCCGCCUGCUCGCCGCCCGACGUCAGCACCGCCUACCUGCCUCCGUCAGCCUGCCAGCCCUGCCACACUCACUGCACCUGCUGGCACAAGAGCCAGACCAGAGAGGCCGGAGCAGUCUCUGGGCCGAGCUCAGGGGUCGCCAUGGGGCGUCGAGAUCAAGCGGCCAGUCAGCAAGAGCUCAGCCCUCCUCACCCAGAACUCCCACCACCUCCUCCACCACCACCACCUCCUCCACCACCUCCUCCUCCUCCACCUCUACCUCCUCAUGUACCUGCUGGGAAAGGCCCGGAUGCAGCAGCACCAACCAAGAGCCACAAAGCAGGAAAAGCGGUGAUUGAGAGGGUGGUGCUGAGAGGAGCGACACACAAGUCGGAAGACGCUGGUGAAUACGUGUUUGAGGCCAGCUGGUCAGAUGGUUUUGUGUCAUCCGUUGUCAGAACUCAGCAGGAGGUGACUGAGCUGCUGUCCCAGCUGUCACAAGCGUUUCCUGAUGAAGCAGUGGAGAAAUUCCUCCCUCAGUCUAUAGAGCUGGACCCCAGGUGUCUGACAGCACUGCCCUGCCACGUCCUCCAGCACCACAGCGUCCAGCUGUUCUUUGCCUCCGCCAGGCCACUCUCACCCAGCUGUCCCGCCUCGCUGCCCACGGCUCCCGUAGCGCCGACCUGCCCGUUCACCUCCAGCUCCGGUGUCGGCUGUAUGGUUCAGUACCGAGGGACCAGCAGGGCGGUGUACCGAGUGGCCAGCGUCCAGCCCGUCGUCAGCACCAACAGCUCCGUCUUGACCCGCCCUUCUCUUCACCUCUCCUCCCUCCCUCCUCCUCUUCCUCCCUCCAUUCCUCCCCCCCAGCUGUCCUCCCUCCCUCCCCCUGUUGGAGGUGAUCCCUCACCUCAGCCCCAUCCCCAGCACAGUCAGUCACACUCAUACUCUCAGCCCCAGCAGCACCACCUUCAUCCACAAACCAGCAGUCAGCCCAGCGCACAGCCCCAGUCCAUGCACCAUUCCCAGCCCACAUCCCAUUCACAUUCCCAGUCCCUUUCCUACCCCCAGUCUCAUUCCCAGUCCCGUUCCCAGUCCCAUACGCAGCCACCGUGCCAGUCCCAGCCCAACACUCCGGAGCAGAACGGCAUCCUGGACUGGCUCCGCAGGCUUCGGCUCCACAAGUAUUACCCCGUCUUCAAACAGCUCACCAUGGAGGAGUUUUUAGCGCUGACAGAGGACGACCUGAACAAGUACGACCUGACCCAAGGAGCGAAGAAGAAACUCAAGACUCAGCUGGAGCUACAAAACAGGGAGAUGAAGAUGGAGAAGCGGUCCUGCAGUGGCAUCGCCAGGGUGACGCCUUCCAUCCACAUGGGACCUUCAGCACAUCCCACCUCUGCUGCAGGAGAGCUGCGAGUGGAAGUGGACGCCGUGUCGCACCAUCACCCCGUCUCAACAGACAGCAGCUCAUCCUCGGGUUACUCCAGCUCCUCCUGCUCGCCUCGGACGCCGCUCUGCUGUGACUCCACCUUUGACAGGACCAGAGACAUUCACAGGCGUGUGUCGGGUCCAGACGCAGUAGGAGGAGGUCCAGACAACGAGCGGUCCUGCCUCUUCAUCCUGAACUCCACAGGCUCCAGUCGUCCCACAGCUCAGGUCCUACCCGUCCAAACCGAUCCGGCUCCCCCUCUGCCUCCCUCCUGCUCCUUCGGCCUCCCGCAGUCUCCCUACCACCCUCAGGCCAGUUACCCCCAGACCCUGCUCUCCCCGGUCUCGAACCCGGCUCGCAUCCUGACCUCCCCACGCAAGCCCAGGCCGCCUCCGCUGUGCACCGAGGACAGGACUAAGCCUCUGGGCUCGGGCUUGACGGCAGCUGGUGCUGGUUUUGGGACAGGGCUCAGUGUAGGGAUGGGGGUGAGGCUGGAGAACCUGUUCCCCGGGCUAAACAUGGACGGCUCCUCUGCGCUCCAGGACUCGGUGGUUUGCCGUGGCCUGGCAGGAGGCACCGUAGGUCUGAUGGUUGAAACCAGUUCUGCUAUGACCUCCACCUCCAACAGCCUCCACCACUUCUCUCACCCACCUCUGCACUUCCACCUCUCGUCAUCUUCGUCGCCCUCCCCGUCUGGAUACUACUCCUGCCCACCUACUUCCUCCUCCUCCUCCGCCUCCUCUUCCUCCUUCUUCUCUUCUUUCUCCUCCUCUUCCUCCUGCCCGUCCUCGAAGUCCGGCUCACAGUCUGGCGGCUCCAGUAGUGGUGGUGGCGGCUUUGUUCCCAUGGCAACCGCGAGCAGUGGCGUUCCAGUGGCGGCAGUGCCCGGCAACACUUACUACCCGCCACAGCCUACCUCUAGCCCCUCCCCUUCCCCCUCCUCUGCCUCUUCAUUGGAUCAAAGUUCAGGCCACACCUCCUCUGUGUGCGUUUGCAGCUCCUGCGGUUGCCGCGGUAACUGCGGUGCCUACGGGGCGUUGCCUGGAUACGCAGCGGCUGGCUACCUGCAGCCGUUCUCGGCUGGCCCGUCCCUCUUCACCCUGGGUCCUCUGCUCCACCUCAGCCCCCUCAUCGCUUCGUCCAGCGCCGCCGCUGCGAGCGGAGCCACGCCCUUCUCCUACCCGAUGAUGGUGCCACCGCCCAUGUACCGCCACAGCCCCGCGUCGCACGACCAGCAGCAGGGCUUCGCCUUCUACCAGCCGCAUGGCAUCAUGGGAAACGGAGGCCAGAAGCGUGCGGCGGGGAACCUGUCCUGUUACAACUGCGGCGCCAACGGACACCGAGCGGAGGAGUGCAAACAGCCACCCAUGGACUCCGCUCAGCAAGGGACGUUUCGGCUGAAGUACACUCCCCACUCUGACAGUAAGGACUCGGGGGACUAACCAGCCGUGGAUCUGAACUCAGUGACACAACCGUACCUCACGCUGCCGCCCGGAGCUGAAGCAGGCAGCAGCAGCUGCCGAGUUUACCCGGGCAGUGUGCUUCUUCCUAGGUGCAACGAGGCAACGCGACGUCUGCUCGAGCUGAAAGCACCAACCUUAUUGGAACUCUUUUUUACCACAGCUUACGGAAAGGUGGACAGAAGACGAACCGGGUCGCUGUCAGACCUCCGCAGAAAGUGUGCCUGGCUUCAGACAAUCAGUCCUGUUAUUUAUCGUGACUACGCGUUUAGAGUUUUCUUCUCAAGUUUCCUCGAGAACUCGAGUUAUGUGUUCUAAACAUGAAACCAAGUUUAUGGCAUAUCUGCUCUAAACCCACGAAGAAGAACCUCUGACGUCUCAUCCUCUCAGAGCCCCAACACUUUAGUUUUCUAAUAACGGGAAGUUUUACGAUACGUAUGCUCA